AUGUCGCAGCCACGUAGGGAGAGACCUCGCGAACUAGGCCCAUACCCGCGUUCACGCGUCGAUGUCUCACAACGACAGGUCCUGCACAAUCAGCGCCUUCGUUUAUUUGAAGAAGUGAAUCCGUGGAGAUUUGCAACGACUUCCACCGUGGAUGCGGAAGACGCGGAUCGCACGAGUGACCGUACUGUUCGAGGCGAAUCUAGCCCAACACCGUCAGCCUCUAGCACUGGGGAAGAGGUACAACCUGGCCCCGCAAUGCUUGAGGCCAAUCAGGUUGCACAGAUUUGGCAUCUCCGAUCGUCGACCUCGAUAGGCGGCGGCCAAACAGUGGAUAACUAUUCUUCUAUGCACCCGCAGGAUAAUGCCGUGGUGGAUGAUCACUCCUACUUGAACCAUCAUUACUCAGGCGAAGAUGAUCAACGAGAAAUUUUCGUUCCGGCUUCAAUGCCACUAUUAGUUUCCUAUGAUAGCGCAGAGGAGUCCGACCAGGACGCUAUCGACGAUACACACAUGGAAGGCCAGAGCAAUACCACGAGCGUCGACCCCUCCAUACCUGUCCACUUGGCCUCAACCUCGUCUGGUGACACAGCAAUGGACGACCAGGUCAGCCACCGCAUGCGUCCCUCCACCACGAUGCCGGCCGACGGCUCGCAAAGGUCGCUCUAUCCGAUGUCCGGGGCGCCCACUCAUUUCCCUUUGAGACCAGCAACUUGGUUAAACCAAGCACCUGUUUUACACUCGCAGAAUAACACAAGAGCGGACAAUUAUUCGUACUUAAAUCACCAGUACCUAGACGAAGAAGACGAAGGAGAAAACAUUCUUCCACAUUCCACGCCUCUAGUUUUUUAUGAAAGCCUCGAUGAAUCCGAACACGACACCGUCGACGGUCUAAUCGCGGAAGGGCAGAGCAGCAUCUCUGACGUCAGCCACUUUGAGGACGACACAGCUAUGGUGGACUCAAUCGCCACCGAAAGCAUCAAUCGAGGCCCGCCUAUUCUAACCACGCCAAACCCCAUAGCUUUCCUUCCGAGUAGCGGAGACGAAGACGACGAUGGAGAAGCUGGAAACGGGGAACAAGAUACCAACGCAAGCGAAAAUCGAUCUGGCAGGCCUGCAGGCCCUCAAUCUCUCCCGACGAACGAUCAAGUGCAUGGUGGGCGAAGCAAUGAUGCACAUCUUUACCAGGCCGCCUCCUAUGCCGAUGUGCUUUCGCUUACCAAUUGCGUCCAAGAGCUUAGCCGUGGCAUCAACACCACCAACGAGCUUCUGCGCGGCAGCAACAUAGACCGAUUCCGACAUUCAAACGCCCCAGGGGCCGGGGAGGAAGGGGACGAUGGUCAUGAUGGGGACGACGAAGGCCUCAUGCGUCCCAGACGCACCACUAACGUUAGGCUGCGUGGAUUGCCACGACGCCGUGGUGCUCGCAAGAACAACUUUGCACGUGAAGUCCGUCUCCAUACCAACGUGCUUCUCAGCAAGCAUUUUCCACCCUCCCAACUUCCGGAAAAUAUGAAAGACUUCCAUCUUUCAUACACGGACUUUAUGCUAGUACAGCCCUCUGACAACACGAUUCGCGACUGGAACCCAUCUCUCGGCCGGGCCUGUACGGCGGACGAUUUUCGGCCCGAUUUCUACUCUUCCCCGAAGAGUAGUUGGAACAAAUCUGUAACGGAAGUUUUCGUCGAAAGCUUCCUUGAUGCGGACACAUUCAGUUCUCAUGACGUUGCGGCCGUUCGGCGUGCAUUUGGGGCACGAUUAAAGUCACUCCGAAGGUCCAUGAACGUCGCCAGAAUGUCGCACAGCGAUUACUUGGAUCUCCAAGCGAAAGCCAGGAGAGACGAAAGAAAACGCACUCUUUUCUCGAGGCGCAUCAAUGCAGCUAUUGAGUUACCCGAACUCGCCGGAGAGCAUGUUCAUAUCCUUCAACGCCUUGGCGUGGAUGGGAUGAGCACAGACGAGUCGGACCAUGAACUCAUUGGGACCGGGAUUCCUCAAUUCCGCAUACGUAAGAAGGGAUGGAGGGAUGAGCGACUUGGCGUAUGGCUUCGCAAAUUCGAUGCUUUACAUCGCUUUCGUCGCUUCGCACCGAUUAGGCGUGCUGGACCAGGUGCGCAACCUCGUAUUCGACUCAUAUCCAACGUAUCCUCCACUCGCCCUCCCGUACCUGGCCUCCCAUUCAAUGCGUAUAAUGCAAAUUGGCUCCAACAUCUUCCUUCAUGGGGAGCAACUGAUCUUGAAGUUGAUUCUCGGAGAUACUGUUUUCAGUUCAACCCUCAAGCAGAGCAGUGA